GCGGCGGGAGCGGCUUCAGUUCUAAGCUAUCCAGCCGCCCGGGCGGGAGCUGGGCGAGAACAGCCACCGCCCCGCGCCGCCCCUGCCCUCGCCGGCCCUGAACCCGCCCGACUGCGGCUAACCCUCCGCUCUCCCUCUGGAGUGAGGAGGGCGCGGCCGCUAUCAGAGCAGAGAGGGCAAGGGAGGGUCGCGCGCAUGGCCUCGGCGGGCGCGCGGCGACUCCCUGCUGGGACGCGCGCCGCGGCCCGGGGCUGCUGCGGCCUCUCCUUGCGCCCGGCUCCGCCCCCGGGCCCUCCGCGACCGCCGGGACCAAUGAGAUUUCCGAUGUCCUGCAGCUUCUUUUUGCCCCGGGCUCCCCAGGUCUCGGCGACUGAGUCUGGCUUACCUCCCAGCCGUUCCUUCAUGGGCUUUGCUGCCCCCUUCACCAACAAGCGAAAGGCUUACUCUGAGCGUCGGAUCAUGGGGUACUCAAUGCAGGAGAUGUACGAGGUGGUAGCCAAUGUCCAGGAGUAUCGUGAGUUUGUGCCCUGGUGUAAGAAGUCUUUGGUGGUAUCCAGCCGCAAAGGUCACUUGAAGGCCCAGUUGGAGGUUGGCUUUCCACCUGUUGUGGAACGUUACACUUCUGCUGUUUCCAUGGUCAAACCUCAUAUGGUCAAGGCUGUUUGCACUGAUGGCAAGCUCUUCAACCACUUAGAGACCAUUUGGCGAUUCAGCCCUGGAAUUCCUGCCUAUCCUCGAACUUGCACUGUGGACUUUUCGGAUCUCAAUUCCCUGACCAGGGAUUGAACCCACACCCUCUGCAGUGGACGUGCGGAGUCUUAACCACUGGACUAACAGGGAAGUCCCAAGGAGUUUCUCUUAAUAUUCACCACCAAUCCAGCAACCUGGUGGCUGGGUCUCCCUCACCUGUGGAUGGUGAGGUACAAGCGCAUGAGCUCCGUGAACUGAGCGUCAGUAUAGCCUAACAUGUUGGUGAAAUUGUGGGACCAGUCCAGCUUAGGGUCAAUGGCCCCAAUACUGCUGCCCUCUCGGUACAGAUUCCGGUAGAUCUUUGCUGCAACACAAGGAAGCUUUGCGAUCAGAUCCAUACAGUCUUCGUAAAUCAACUGAUGAGGAGAAAAGGAAAAUGGAGAAAAAAGAAGAGGAAUCAUCAGCAAAAAACAGUUAGGCAGGGAUAGUGUCUCUUCUCCAUGGACUGGGCUUUUUGGAUUGAUAUGGAUAUUUGGAUUAUAUGCUGGGUGGUUAUAUAUGGAGUAAAUAACAACAAUGACCAUGUAACUGAGUAACUGUUAUGACCCAGGUACUGCAUCAAGGGAGUUACACAUGGUAUCCCAUGUAUAUUAAAAUAUUAUUCCCAGUUUUUCUCCAUUCUACAAAAUAUAUAAUGACCUUCAUUUUACAGAAAAGGGAACCAAACCUCAGAGCAUUCAGUCAAUGCCAAAGUCAGAUUUCCAACCCUUACAUGUUUAAACAUGAUCUUUUCCACUAUAUGACUUUGCACUCAAAGAAUAUGCUAAGACAUUAGGUUAUUUAAUAAUUCUAUGUUCCAUCUUUCAAAGAAAAUUUACCAUAUAUGCUAAGGGUCAAACAGUGACAUUCAAUCAUUAGUUAUUAACAAAGGCUUCCAUUUUUAAAGUAUUUACUAUGUAACAGGUACUGUGCUAAAUAGAUUAUUUUCAGUUUUUUCUUUUCUUACAAUAGUCCUGUAAGAUAACAUAUCCCUCAUUUGUAAAAAUUGGGGCACAAAGUUACCCACUCAGCUAAUAAGCAUCAAUCUAGCUUAAAUUAUUAACUCAUGGCUAUGCUUGUUUCAUCUAUACCCUUACUUUCCCCUCUCAUCUCCCAAAUUAUUGAGUGAAUCCCAGAUAUCAUAUAUAACAUGUAAAUAUUUAGGCAUGUAUCUCUAAAAGAUAAAGAUCCUUCAUAAUCAAAAUCACAAAACCAUUAUCCCACUGAAAAAAAUUUAACAAAUCUUCAAUAUCAUUAACUAAUCAGUACUGAAAUCCCCUCCACACCUCAUUCAUUGAUUAAAGUUCCCCCUCAUUUGUUUGUUUUACUGAAAAAUAGCCUAUAUUACAAUUGUCUGAUGUCUCUGAAGUAGUUUUUAAUCAAUUCAAGUUCCCUCUUCUGCUCUCCUUUUUUUAUUUUGCAAUUUACUUGUAGAAAAUCAGCCUCAUUUGUUCUGGAGAAUUUCCCUUAGUUUAGAUUUUGCUGGUUAUAUACCUGUGAUGUCAUUUAACAUGUCCUUCUGUCCAUUUUAUUUCUGACAAAUUGAUAAGAGAUGGAGGCUUGAGCAGAUUCAGGUUCAAUUUUUUUUUUUUAGCAAGACUUUUUGAUAAAUAGCGCUAUGUUCAUUUAUUAAGAGCAACAUAUAACAUCUGGUUGUCUUUUUGUGAUGUUAAUGGUUUGCUCAACUUUUAUGUCUCAAUUUUAUCUUCUCAUAGGGAUUUUAAGUUCCUCUAGGGAGGAACUUAGUAGUUUUUUUUUUUUGGCCAUGCUGCACAGCUUAUGGGAUCUUAGCUGACUGACCAAGGACCGAACCUGCGUCCUCUGCAGUGGAAGCAGAGUCCUAACCACUGGAUUGCUAGGGAAUUCCUAUUUUUUCUGUUAGUAACAAAAAAAUUGGGGAAUUCCUUGGUGGUCCAAUGGCUAGGACUCGGUGUUUUCACUGCCAAGGCCUGGGUUCAGUUCCUGGUUGGCUUCAGUUCCUGCAAGCCAUGAGGUGCAGCCAAAGAAAAAAACAAAGAAAUUUCUACUUUCAGUCACAGUACAUAGGAACCAUGGAGAAAAUACUUGCUGAAUGAUAUUAUAUAGUGCUGUUCUAUCAAGCUAACUGGCUAGAUGUUCCUGUAAGAAGUCAUGAGGUUUUAGUAGUUCUGCUGGAACAAAGAACAAAAUCUAUAAUAAGUAUCUUAAAUGAGAUAAUCUAUGUGAAGUCAUCUAUUACUCAAGUACUCAGCAUUGAAUUUUGUCAGUGCCACCAAGAGUCAAUAAGAACACUGCCAAAAUUAAGCUACUUGAAGCAAGAAGUACUUAGCUAACACAAGUUCUCAGGAGAUUACUUACAUGAUAAUCAUACUAUUAACCACACCUCCUUGCAGAUUUACAUCCCCCAAGGAAGUAGAUGUUUUCCAGAAGUAUGCAUAAACGAUAUGCAGCUCUAAGGGACCUGGAUCAAUUAGCAGAAUGCCAAGAACAACAAGAUCCUGGGCUAGGCCAACUGGCAUCUGUGGACUAUGUACUAAUUUUCAUAAUUAUUUGUGAAGUAUGAAUGACCGAUUCAUAAAGAAACUACAAAAAGAUUGUUUCAACCUCUACCACUGAAGAUGAAGUUUAUGAAGCAGCUAGUAUCAGACCAGGUCUGACAGUGUGGGAUCUUUACCCUGCUUUUUGUAGUGGGAAAGCUGUACUGUCAAGAGAUUCAAUAGAUAAACACACGGACAGAGAACUCCUUAUUUCUUUUUUUUUUUUUUUUUAAUUCUACCAGUUUAUUGCUACCAACCCGUGACCCUCCACCCUCAUGCACACAUGCUCUGUCAUGUAACCCCAUGGACUGCAGCCUGCCAGGCUCCUCUGUCCAUGGACUUUUCCAGGCAAGAAUACUGGAGUGGGUUGCCAUUUCCUUCUCCACUUAUUUCUUCUUUAAUAAGCGAAUAAGACUGAGGUGCUACUUAGCUACUGGUACUAACUCAUUCUUCAUCUUUAAACCCUCAGAAAAAAAAAAAGACAAAAUUUGCCACCACCACAUCUGCCUGGAAUAAAGGUAACAAAACUGGCCAUAAUCAUCACUGUGAUCCAGCAUCUCUAGGGCUAGAGAAAUUCUGGCCAAGUACUUAGCAAGCAAUCAUUUAAAAAAAUUUUUUAUUGGAGUAUAGUUGAUUUACAAUGUUGUACUACUAAUAGCUAUCAAUCAUUAUUAAGAGGACACAGAAAACAAAGAGUCAGUAUUAAUGGUGAAGAGACCCUAGAGUGAAACAAACUCAAGUCUCAACUUGGUCUCCACCAGCUACUACCUGCAUGACCCUGGGCGUGCUACUUUAUUUCUCUCAUCUUCAACUUUGCCAUUCAGUAAAAUGAGAAUAAACAGUAAGGUCUACCUCAUGGGGUAGUUCUGAUGAUUAAAUCAGAUGAGUAUAAGCAUUCAAGCUGAUGCUUUCAAGAGUUGUUUGUUAGGUGUUGGAAUGACAGCUUCAAACCCUACACAUACUGUUCAUAGGCCUUACUACAAAAACCUGAUCUGUCAGCUACUUUGCAAAUUUUACCCAAUCCAACAGUAUGUUAAGGCUACCUCACAGUUAAACAGCUUGUGCAUCAGAGUAAUCUCCUAGUCACAAGUGAAGUUAAGUCAAUUAUAAAAAGACCUAACUCUUUCACCUCAAGAGAGUACACUAGUUAUCUAAAGUCAUGUAAACUGCUAUGGAAGGAAAGCUGUAGGCAGAUCAUCCAUUGAGAUAUAUGUAAAACAGCAUGAACUGAUAAUUCUAGAAGAGACUUAGAUCACAUGUACUCUUUAACAUAAAUUUUUAAACAGAAAUAACCAGUUGAACACUGUCUUGUAAUUCUACUUAAGCAGAAUAGUAGAAUAGUGCUUCAAUGACCUUUUAGAGAGAUAUAAGACAUGGCAGCAAAAUAGCACCAAGUUCCACUAGAGCAAUUACUGGAGCUAACUUUUGUUCAGUAUGAACUUUAUUAGACACACAUCCUGAGGCUGACAGAAUUAUCAGUAAUGCUUACAAAUACUCUCAAGGUUGGUAAAGUCCUGAAAUACAAUCUUUACCUCAAGACAGCCACCCUCAAAUGACAUCUCCCAAGAGGUAGCAGAACAACCAACCAAUACCUGUACACUGAAUCGGAGGCAAGAGCAAGCAGAGAACAAGAUUCAUCUUCCUGAUUCAAUAAAGGACAGUGUGAAGCAGUGCAGCCUGUUUGGAUACCUGGGAAAUAUCUUAUAGGUAUUUACUGCAAAGUAUGAAGAACUCUACAAUAGUCAACACAACAGCAUCAUAAGUAGUAACAGGCACUCCUGAAUGGUCAAUUUCUAACAAACAAGUUUUAAAAGAAAUGUUGGGCUUGAUUUAACUUUUUCUGUUAUGGUGACCCACACAGAUAACAAUGACUUGAAACAGCAUUUUAAAAAGAAAAUGAAAAACAAUAUAUUCAGAUUAUACAACCUUCUGAAUCUGCUGAUUUGUGAUUUCAUAAAUGCUUGUGGAUAUGUUUAGUUUGCAUCAUUCCUAUACCUUUUUCCUCAAAGCCAACCAGACUAGUAUCAAUUGCAAACUUUCUCUCCCUCUUUCCCUCAAUAGCACUCAGUUCUGCAUACACAGCUGGCACUGAGUAAACACUGACCAAUCAAAUGGAGUGGGAUUUGCCAAAACCCCAAGGAGAUUUCAUCAGACAAGUGGGCCAUACUAUUCUAUGAAUAGUAUGAACUCACAGUGAACUCUUUAGGGGCCUUCUGGUCAAAAAUCAUUUAGUGCAUCUGCUUUGCUAAAAGGGACUUUUCCAUUCCUAUACUACCUGUCUCUAAAUAAGAAACAAACAAACAAAAAGAGAUGUCCUUCUGUAGACCUAGCCAGAUAAAUUGUACUUUACCCAGUAUUUGUGAGGUAUUGGAAAGAGGAGAGCAGGAAGUGUGUCCUGUGCACUAGGAUAAGGCCCAACAAUCUUCUCAUACUCUCACAAUAGAGUUCAAACUGUGAAGUCACACUGUGUUUUCAGAGAAUAAAGCUCAUUUGCUUUUUGCAUCCUCAUUCCAGGAUACUAACUACCCUUCCACUCCUGACAGGUAUCUGGAGUGGCUUAGCCCAAACUGUGGCUGACGGCAAUCGGUCCUUCCUAGACUCCAGAAUUGCCUUAGGUGCCAUUCUUCCAACUUAAAAAGGUUCUCAUUUGAAGAAGAGGAGAAAGGAUCUUUUGGGGCCAGGGUAUGUCUACUCUGCGAAACCUUCCUCAGGGACCCUGCAAUUAAAGUCACACCUUUUUCAAUAUUCCAACAGUGCUGUGUACAUACCUCUAUUAUAGCAAGAUUACUGAACUGUAAUUCCUUUUUUACAUGUAUAUCACCCUUACUAAAAUCAAAAACCUUGGUGAUAGAAAGCAUGCUUCAUUUAUCUUUGUAAUUUCAAUGACCCAUAAAAAGCAACCCUACAAUAAAAUUUUGUUAAAUCAA